AUGGCAGCACCUACGAUCGCGAGGACGGCGAUACCGCGGUUCUGGCUACCCCGAACCUCAUGGACGAUCACGGCUGCCUCCCGACCGGCGGCGCAAUGUCUGGUAGAAGCAAGACGGCGUCGGCCUGCUCCAGCUCCUGAGCGAAGCGCCACACAGCAUGUAAGCGCGGUGUUGCAGCGGCAAGGCAUCCUGCGAUGGCACAAGGAGGGCACCCAUUUCGCUGCUGGCUACGCUUCCGCUGUCGCGUUCCGUCGCAAGUUCAGCGCCAGCGCACCGCAGUUCAAGGAUCACCACUUCGAUACGCUCAAGUUUGUUCAGCGUCUCAAGGAGGAAGGGUUCACAGACGAGCAAGCAGAAGGGAUGAUGAAAGUGCUCGGGGACGUCAUAGAGGAAAGCAUACAAAACCUCACACGUACCAUGGUGCUUCGCGAGGACCAAGAGAAGGCUACGUACACGCAGAAGGUCGAUUUCGCGAAGCUCCGGUCUGAGCUCAUGACGGCCGACUCGACGGAGUCGUCGCUGACGCGCGCAUCUCACGAGCGGCUAACCAACGAGCUGGCGAAGCUAAACUCGCGACUGCGGGACGAGAUACAGCGGACGCAGGCGUCUGUGCGGUUGGACCUGAAUCUCGAGAAGGGUCGCAUCAGGGAGGAGGCAAAUGUGCAAGAGCUCAAGCUGAAGGAGACGGAGACAAGAAUCGAGCAGGAGACAGCGCAGCUGCGAGAGAGGCUCGAGGCAGUCAAGUUCUCGACGCUACAGUGGUUGAUGGGUGUUUGCACGGGUACUGCGGCGCUCAUGCUCGGUGUUUGGCGUUUGUUGAUGUGA